UGCGCUCAUUCACUCGUUCAUUCAUUCGCCUUUUGAAUUCCGCUUCGAACGGUUGUGUCUACACCUUUGCACAACGAGUUCGAAAAAAAACUAAGCUCCGCGCGAAAACAGUAGGAAAUUGAAACUAGAAUAUUUCUGGUAAAAAACAUUUAUCAUUGGAUAAAACAAUUACAACACGAAUCGUGAGAAAAGGAAGCAAACUAUUUAAACUAAAAUAAAGUAAGGAAUAUACAAAAAAACGAGAUCUACAACCCGCGCGUUUUUUGAUUAAUGAAUUAAAAAUAAGUGUGCGUGCUACAAGUGGAAAUAAAACUCGAUUUCUGGGCCCCCGACUUUUGGUUGCAACACACAUUAUAACGGGAAGUGGCUCAACAAGUGGCUCGGGGAUUAUCUAAUAAAGCCCUCCUACCGAAAAUCAUACUUAAAUAAUAUAGAUUAUUAUACGGGCAGCAAGCAACAAAAAAAAAUAUACAUAUAUCAAUUUUAAAACAACCAAAGGCCCCAUGUGUAUGUGUGUAGUGUGAGCGCGUGCAUAUGUGUGUGAAUCGAGAAACGCAGAGCAGCAGCAACAAUAAUCACAACAACAACAGCGCUACAACGGCAACGUCAACAGCACGCAACAACAACAGCCACAACGGGCGCUGUGAGUGCGACGGAGACGGCAACAGCGUGAGUCAUAUACAAAGUGAAAUGAAAAUGCGGAUAAAGCGAGAAGCGCCGUGUCUUCUGUUAUUUAUGCCAAUCCAAAAUACCAACAACAACAAUCGCAUUGGUGCCAAUCAGAAGGACUAUCCCAACAAGCGGUCCAGGGAGAAUCUGGCAUGUGACGAAGUGACAUCGACGACGUCAUCAUCCACGGCAAUGAACGGCGGCGGACGGACGCCGGCGCUAACCCGCAGCUGCUCCAGUCCGGCGGUCUACGAUAUUGAAACACACCCCGCCUCGCCCGUUUUCCCGCAUCUAUUGCUGGGCAAUGGCCGCGAUGCCGACGAUCCCAGCAGCGUGGGCGCCAACUGUGUGCUGAACGUUACCUGCCAAAGUCCCAAUGAGAGCCAUCUGCAGGGCCUCAAGUACAUGCAAAUACCUGCCAGCGAUACGCCCCAUCAGAACAUCAAGCAGUACUUCCAGGAGGCCUACGACUUCAUCGAAGAUGCACGGAAAACGGGUUCCCGAGUGCUGCUGCAUUGCCACGCGGGGAUUUCGCGGAGCGCCACCAUCGCCAUCGCCUACGUCAUGCGGUACAAGUCGCUCUCCCUGCUGGAGGCCUACAAGCUGGUGAAAGUGGCCCGGCCGAUCAUCUCGCCCAAUCUGAACUUCAUGGGCCAGCUGCUGGAGCUGGAGCAGAAUUUGCGCAAGAGCGGAGUCCUGGCGCCCGCAACCCCGCACCUGAAUAGUCCUAGCAAUCCAUCAGGAUCUGCUGUGGGAUUAAGCAGCCAAUCUAGUCAACUGGUGGAGCAGCCGGAGGAGGAGGAGAUAGAGGAGAAGAGGGAGCAGCGGGAACGGGGAAAAUCCAAGUCGGAUAGCGAGGCUAUGGACGAGGAUGCGUUCGACUACGAUGAUGUGGACAGCGGCGCUGGCAGCCUGGCGGGCAGUAACUGCUCCUCCCGGUUAACCUCGCCGCCGAUUACCCCGGAUGAUGAGGCGCCCAGCACUUCGGCGGCAGCGUCGACGGUUUCGGAACUUGAUUCACCCAGCUCCACAAGCAGCAGCAGUGGCAUCUGCUCUCUGCUGCAGUCCACCAGCUCAUCCGUAUCACCCUGCGCAAUCAGCAAGCCAAAUCUGCUGUCGCCCACAAGGCAGUUGGCUCUGUUCAAGCGGAAUUCGCCCGCCAAACUGCGAUUGGAUCUGGAGUCCAGCUAUGCGCCUGCGUCACCCAUCCCAAACACCAUGCCCUGGAUUUCGGUGCCAUCCACGCCCGUCUGCGAUGAGGCACCGGAAAGCAGGAUUAAUCAGUUGGCCAGCAACUUGACGAGGGACUGAGAUAAGGUCCCCGCGAAAGGCCGCCGUCAACUAGCAGCAGUGAAAAGAAAGAAAAUGUGCAGCCAAUUGCCGCAUUCAUUAUGAUCAAAACUAGAAUUGAUAAAGCUGUACGUUUUUCAACAACACGUAGAAAAUGAUCCAGUUUUGAUGUAUUUUAUAACUACUAAUUUACUGAAACUAAGGAAUUUUUUACCUGGCUGAAGAAAUAUAGAUUUUAUUAAGUCAGAAACGGCGAGAGGGCUGCUACUUCCUAUUAAACAAGGCGAUGCUAAAUGGUUUCUCAAGCCCGCAAAGCCUCUGCAACGUGUAAAUAAAAACGUUCAAUAUCUGUACAUACAAACGUACCUAAAACAAAACACAAGGGAAAGAAAUACCAAUUGCAGCUUAAACUAUGUACUUGCAAUACCUUUUAAGAGCUUUUGUAAUGUAUUUCCUCUUCGCCCCUGAACCAACACAAAGCGAAAAACCACUAAAAAUAAUCCAAAACAAGCUGCUGGAGAAAUUGUUUAAGAGAAAGAAAACCUCGUACAUGUUAAUUUAGUUUAAAUUUAGUUGUAAGCGAUUCUUAACUAUACCUAUACACACAUAAACUAUAUUAAACUUCACAUAGAACAAUGAAAUCCAAAAUGCACUGCAACUAUUUCUGCUGACUUGCCACACAAAUCGAUCCCUAUCCAAUUCCCAAAAAUAUUAUAAACCCCGCCAUAUACACAGCAAAGAUCUUAUCAAAACUGUUCUAAGUUUUAUCAAUCCGCUAUAGCCACUCUAAUAGUUUAGUUACUUCUUGAAAGUGAAAAAAGUUUGUGUUUUCUAGUUUUAAUUAUUUAUAUGAAGCGAGCGUAUGAGAGGAUUAUGAUUCAUUUGUAUUAGCUCGUAAGUCUAUUAGGCUAAGCUACACCUGAGAAGUGUAACGCGCGUGCUAAGUAAAAGGAAAUUAUAAUAGUAACCAAA